ACUAUUUAAAAUCCCGCAAUGUCAUUAAAUUGUUGUAAACAAUUACUCAGCAAAAUUCUUGUUCCCAGGUUUGUUUCGGCAAUAACUGGUCAGACAACGAUCACAAGGUCAGGACAACAUUAACUCUGUUACAAAGUAUAAAUACCGCACAUACUCUCUGUUUAUGAAUGAGAGCACUUAGAAUUUGUGCUUUACUUCUAAGACCACCUACAAUUUUUGGGCAAACUCAAACGUCGGGAUUUAAAGUUGGCAAACCAUUUCGAUUGUUCGAAGGUACUACAUUGAUCUUUUUCACAGUUGUAUUUCUUUCACUGUUCAUAACUUGUCAGGACUUAACACUUCGUAAGUAUUCAAUUUCUAGUUUAGUCUUGGUCCAGAUUUAAUCGUGCAAUAUAAUAUAAAUAAGUAGACUAGACGUACAUUGUAUUUUUUUUUUGUUGGGUGGAAUUAAUGUUAGUUCAAUGUGGAAAUAUUGUAUUCCAGUAAUUGCAGUAGUAUAUUAAAAAUUAUGAACUUUUUUCUACCAGUUUUACAGAAAGAGCAGACAAUGUCUCGAACUGUCAACCUCUCAUUUGAAAGUAAAGAGCAGAGUGAAGGAGUGGGUGCAAGAGUGAGGCGAAGUAUUGGACGCCCAGAGGUUAGUAGUCUUAAAGAGCUAAACUUAAUUAAUAGCAUGCAUUGUGAUGAUUAUUUGCUUGAUUAUAGUUUAAAAGAGAAUCAUUAAGCAAAAGAAUAAUCAUUAAAGCAUAGCCAUUAUUACUAUGAAAUAUCUCACAUUUUUGGGGUUAUCCUUGAUCACACGAUCUUAGUUGAAUUUCAUUGAAUAUGUGCUGCUAAUAAUGCUUCUGGAUUUUUCAAAGCUUACAAUUUGUCUUUUUACAAAUAUUUUUUGCAGUUGCGCAACUUUGACCCAUUCCUUAUGCUUGAUGAAUUCUGUGUCAAAGCUCCAGCAGGAUUUCCUGAUCAUCCACAUAGAGGGUUUGAGACAGUAAGUGGUUAAGCUAAUAAAAGUAAGUUCAUGCAAUUGGCUUUAUUUUGCAUGUGCAGAAAAUUGAGUGAUGUAAUUCAGGAUUCUUUAAAAAAAACACCAAAAACUCACAACAUGAGUGCAGUAAAUUAUUUAAAAUUUACCUUAAUAAAUUAUUAUCUUUUUAAAACUUUAGCAGAAAAAUUCAAACUAUAAAUCAACUAUAAUGGAAAUGAGGAGUAAACCUUUUUUGUAAAUUAGUCGCAAUACAUUAUUCAUGGAAAUUAAUAAUGUUUAAAAAAAUAUUAGAUUUAACAUUCUGAAAAAUUAGAUAGCACUUAUGUGAGGCAUCAAUUCUAAUAAUCUGACCAAGUAAUGGAAUGAAAAAAUAUUAGUCGAUGCUAUUCAUUUCUCAUUAACUUAAAUGUCAACUAUUUCACAAGUAUAUACUUAAAAAUAAAGUAAUAUAAACAAUUUGAUGUGGGCUAGGAAUUAUGCAAGCUUGUAAAUUUGACAGUGAUUGUUGAGUGUAAAGUUUAAUCUUGUCCACAGGUUACUUACAUGUUGAGUGGUGAAACCAAUCAUGAAGAUUUCCUUGGCCACAAAGGAAAGAUAGAAGCAGGUGACCUUCAGGUAAAUUUCUGAACUGCAGUACAAUAUCUUUGACUAUUUUCUUGCAAAAUAUUUAUUGAUGAUCCUCAACAAUCAUUAUUUGCGCAGAAUCAUUUAACAUGACAUGGUAAAAUAAAGUAAUAUCAGUUUGACAUAUUUACUGUUGACGGUUCCAUUAAACAAAAUUUCCAGGCACAUCUGUAUAUUUUCUUUAACAGUGGAUGACGGCAGGCCGAGGUAUCGUUCACUGUGAAAUGCCCGGAGGGAAGGAAGCAUCACGUGGCCUUCAGCUGUGGGUAAAUUUGAAACGUUCUGACAAAUUGGUUCCACCAGCAUAUCAGGAACUAGUGGACAAAGACAUCCCCAAGGGAGAGAAGAAUGGAGUUAAGGUGAAAGUAAUCGCUGGCGAGGCCUUUGGGAUCAAGGUAUGUAUUUCCUGUAUAAAUUACUUCAAUAUUUUAAAACAUUUUUUUUCUUUAGUAUAGUUAUUUAAUUAAGGUAAUUUGUUAACAAAUUGAUCUACAACUUUUACUGAGUUCAGAAUUACAUAUUUCCCGGGUAUUUACAGGCACACGUCUAUAAUAACAUUUCUGAGCUGAGGAACUGAGCCUAAUUUUGUUUUAAAAAAUCUUAGUCCCCAGUUUACACCCGGACACCAACCUAUUACCUGGAUUUCAAAAUGUCGCCUGGCUCUGUACUAGACCAACCUGUACCAGCAGAAUGGAACACCUUUGUCUACAUUCUCUCAGGGGAGGCUUGGUUUGGUGAGUCCAUGGUUACAUAUACUAAAUUCAACUAUUGGGGACGUGGUAUGUCAUAAAUUAAUUCAGUAAGCUAUGCAGGACCAACAUUGGGGAACUGACAUGUGUAAGUGGCGUUGUGUUUAUACUCAUAGGCCAGAUAUUCCCAAAGUGGUCUAUAGCAACCCCCCAGGGGUCGACGACUAUUUGCAAGGGGUCCAUGUCAGCGAAGAAAAAAAAUUGGGGGUCCAUGAAAUGAAAAUGGGGGUCAACGAUAGUGGAUCUCAUGUAAGCAGGUCAUGGCUUCUAUUUUGGCAUUCCAUGAAUGGAACAAUCCACAUACACAGAUGGUACCUAUUUUUUUUUUUUGUGUGUGCAAAAAAUCAAUAUCAGGUUAGCAGGGGGUCUACCUAAAACCCAAAAACAUGGCAAGUGGUCUACCAGACAAAACAGUUUGGGGACCACUGCUCAAGGCCCACAGUUUAAUGAGCGAGAAUACCAGGAAAUUUAAAGGAAGUUCAUAAAAUUCAAUCUGCAAUACCACUGGUGCACAGUAUGAUACUGACAGUACCAACACAUUAGAUUUUACUACGUUAGUAAACAAAACAAUGGAGCCCAUUAAAUGAGUUGUUUAAUGUGAGCAAAAAUCUUGUUUAUCUGAAUAAAAUGUUAAGGUUUGACCAUACUCAUUUGCUUUUUUGCUAACCUGAUUGCAGUCCCUCCCCUUAUUAACAAAACUUUUAAUUGCAUCAUAAUGAAAUGAUUGAACUUAAAAUUGUAUAAAUUAUUAUUAUAUUAAUUCCUCCAUUUCACAGUUAUUUAAAAAAAAAUUUCCUCCAUAAUAUCAAAUAUUAAAUAUCAUUACAUUUAUAUAGGAAAGUAAAAGAUUUUAUAAUUAUUGUUUCUUUCAAUUCAUACUUUGUCUAUUCAUCAGGCCCAGAAGGGAAAGAAAAGCUGUGCAAGGCACAUCAUACCACAACAUUUAAUAAAGAUGGUGAAUCUUUACAUGUCAAUAAUAAGGUACAACACAGUCACGUGGCCACUUACCAUGGGAUACUUAAAAUUUGACUGAACUCUAUCAUUAAUUAGUGGAUGCAUUUAUUCUACUAUUCAUUUACUAGAAAAUGUCACCCGAUGUUACAGAGCUAAUAAUGGCGGCACUUGGAAAAAACUUCUACCUGCUUUUGCAAAAACUCUUCACAAUUACGUAUUUUAAAAAGAAGUAUCUAUGUUAUAAUGUUUACGUUUCUAACAUCAUUAAAAGUUUUAAGAAGUAUUUUGCUGAGGCUAAAUGAAAGUUUCGGACCCCCCUCCCCCACGGAUUGUUAGCCCCUUACAUACGCACAUAAACAUUUUUUCACUUCAUAUGGUUUGCUCUUAUUUAGAUAAAUGCAAUAGUGAAUGCUAUUUGGCUAUGGAGUUUUGCUGCACUGAUUGACUUAAGCCGCAUUUUCUUAUUAAAAGUAUAUUUAAAGGUUAAGUUUUUAUUAUCUUAUAAAUUUAAUCAAAGUAUAUUUUUGGGAUGAAAAUAAAGUAAAAACUUAUUAAUUGUUAAAAAUACAAAUCAAAAUUUUUUUGUGUUUUAUAAACAACUAGCCUAUAUACCUGGCGUGGCCCGGGAUUACAUUAGGACCCCAUCCUGGUGUGACCCCCCCAUCCCAUUUGGACCCUGAUCCCAUUCUGACACCGAUCUCGGCGCCGUCCCAUUUGCCGGUGUGAUCCCGAUCCCUGUGGGAUCCUGAUCCCAUUGAGAUAAAGAUUAUGAUGGGAUCCCGACCCCUUUGUUUAUAUUCCAAAUAUAAAAAAUUACUCAGUGUUACUGAGAAAAAAAUUAAACUCUGGUACAGUAUAGAAAUGAAUAGAACUAAAUAACAUAUCAAAAUUCCGUUAGAUCCCACUAUAUAUCCCUUUGGAACAAUUUAGAACUUUCUGGAACAUUCUAGAUUAAAUUUAAUAACCUGCUCAAAACAUGUGUAAAAACUACUUAUCUAAUCAUUUUUCAAAUACGAUAAAAAUCUUCAACAAAUGCCAUAAUUAUAAUCCUUUUUCUUUUAAGUUAAUCGACGGGGCUCCAUAACUGUACCUAUAUAGUUUUACCUGAGCUAGGGGGCCCUAUAAAAUCAGACAGAUAAAUAAUAAAGUUAAAAUUUAAAAUUUGUCCCAUUAAAAUCUACUUAAAAAUCCAAUAGAUAUAGCUUUUUAAAGUUAUGGAAGUUUCUGGAAAAUUCUAGAUUGGAUAUUAUUAGUUUUAAAUCCAACGAUAUAUCAAUACAGCCAAUGAUGGGAUUUGCUACAAAGCUAGGCCUAUAUCCAUCAAUUCACAUAGUAACUAUAGUGUUGUCUAAGCCUAUUAUUAUUAAUAUAGCUUAUAUGAACUGGGCCCCCCCCCCCCUCAGAGAAAUGGAUAUUAUGAGUUCAGUACCCUUCGGUAUUUGAAUAUGGAUAAUAAAGUAUAUGUGUACUAAGUUUGGUCAAGAUCCAUCUACUCAUAAAACCCAUUAUUAAUAAUAUAACUUAUAUGAACUGGGCCCCCCCCCCCCUCAGAGAAAUGGAUAUUAUGAGUUCAGUACCCUUCGGUAUUUGAAUAUGGAUAAUAAAGUAUAUGUGUACUAAGUUUGGUCAAGAUCCAUCUACUCAUGGAGGAGUACUAAGCUUAUUGAUAUUUAUAUAGCUUAUAUAAGAAAAAAUGAAACGAGGCCCCCGGCCCCAGAGGGAUGGAUAUUAUGAGUUCAGUACCCUUCGGUAUUUGAAUAUGGAUAAUAAAGUAUAUGUGUACUAAGUUUGGUCAAGAUCCAUCUACUCAUGGAGGAGUACUAAACUUAUUGAUAUUUAUAUAGCUUAUAUAAGAAAAAAUGAAACGAGGCCCCCGGCCCCAGAGGGAUGGAUAUUAUGAGUUCAAUGAAUACCCUUCGGUAUUUGAAUAUGGAUAAUAAAGUAUAUGUGUAUCAAGUUUGGUUGAGAUCCAUCCAUUCAUGUAGGAGUAUUUUUUGUUAAUUUUAUUUAUAUAGCGCAUUUGAGGAAAAAACGAAUUCGGGGACCCCGGCCAGAAACGGAAUGUUAUAAAAAGUUCAUAGCCCCUUAAAAGUUCCUUCAGGAUAAAUAUGGAUAUAUGUGCCAAGUUUGGUCAAGAUCCAUAAAUCUAUUUAAAAACCUUUGUGGAAUAAACACCGCCCGCCACAAACAAACAUUUACCUUUAUAUAUAUAUAUAUAUAUAUAUAUGAUUUAAGAGCAAUUAAAUUAUAUUUAUUUAUUUUACUUUUAAGAAAGGGAAAAUACAUAACAGUUAUUAAAUCAAAUAAACUUAGAGCUUUGGCUAAAAGUGGCAAUUCACACCUUGAGUCAUUUGCUUGUUUAUUUAGAACAAAUUAAUUUUUAUUUUAUUUCCCAUUAAUAACACCCUCUAAAAAAUGCACUAAUAACAACAGAUGGUUGGGUUUUCCCAAUUAAUUGUGAUUAUGAUGUAAUUCUUAGAUCAUAAUUUUUUUAUUAAAAUUUGUUUUCAUAACUUUCAAACUCUGAUAAACUGCUUAAAAUAGUUCCUUUAUUGUUAUUUUAAAUGUAUUUGUAAUUUAUAAUAAUAAUACUUAAGCAUUUACUAAAAUAAAAGCGGAUACAUGUCAUAUUUUGCGUAUUCAAAUUUAUUUGAUUUCCGUAAAAUAAUAGAAAAUUACAAUCACUGUUUUUAAGAACCCGAACAUGUUUAAAUCUUUUCAUCUCUUUGGGCGCUACCGUCAGCCUACCUCAUUCUUAUAUAUAAUAUUAUUUCAUCUUAUUGUAAUAAACUCUAAUAAAUAACUUAAUAUCAUCAUUGCAGGGAUCUGAGGUUUGUCAUUUUGUCAUAAUCUCAGGACAGCCCAUCAAUGAACCAAUUUUUCAACAUGGUGAGUAAUAGCAAAGGAAUAUACAGGCAAUAUGUCAUGAUUUUUCUAUUGUUCCAUACAUUAACUGUUGUGUUUUAUUGUACAUUAAUUGUAGUGUUUUAUUGUACAUUAAUUGUAGUGUUACUGAGCAUUAACUGUUAUGCUAUAUUAUACAUUAAUAGUAAUUAAAUUGUACAUUAACUGUAAUGUUUUAUUGUACAUUAACUGUUGUUUUUAUUGUACAACAAUUGUAGUGUUUUAUUGUAAGUUAGUUGUAGUGUUAUUGUAAAUUAACUGUAGUGUUUUAUUGUACAUUAAUUGUAGUGUUAUUGUACAGUAACUGUUAUGUUAUUGUAAAUUAACUAGUGUUUUAUUGUGCAUUAAUUGUGCUUUAUUGUACACUAACUGCACUGCUUUGUUGUACAUUAACUGUAGUGCUUUAUUGUGCAUUAACUGUUGUGCUUUAUUGCUUUUAUUUUAAAGUAAGAUUAAUGAACCAUUUUCACAGUCCUCAUUCUCACUGGUUUUUUAAAUGUAUUUUAAACACUUUCCUUUCUUCCCCUUCAAGGUCCAUUUGUCAUGACAACUCAAGAGGAAAUCAGAGAAGCUUUCAAUGACUACAGAAAUAAUAAAAAUGGAUUUGAGAAUGCAGCCACCUGGAACUCAGAAUAUGCUCAAUAGUUUCCUGGUGUUCUUUAAAUACUUUAUUUACCAUUAUCUAUUGAAAUGUCAUUUAAUUAGGGGAUUUUUUAUUUUGUUGAAGAGGAUGGUGAAUACUCAAAUAUGUCUUCAACAAAUUUAUCAAAAUUGUUCCCUUUCAUUGGUCACUUUUAUAAAAAAAAAAGUUGGACUUUCAAGUCUUGAACUAUGAUGAAUUUAAAUAAAAAAUAAUUAAAACCCUAAAUAAUAUGGUUUUAUUUUUAAAAUUUCUUUGAAUUCAUUUAUUAAAAUUUUAUCACAAUUGUUGAAAGUACAAAAAUUAAAUGUUUAAUAAACACAACUUUUUACUCUCUGUUUACAUAUUUUCUUUUACAUAUCAUAUUUUAUACAAAAUGAACUAGCAGUUCAGAAGAUUUUAUUAUAUAAAUGUUUAAAUUUAUUGAUUGAAUUGCAAUUUUUUCUUGUGUCCUUUUUUAAAAAAUUUGAAGUUGAUAUUUUGCAUAAUGACAAAAAUGGCAAUUUAAAAAAACUAAAAUUAUAUCUGCUCCAGUUGUUCCCAAACUUUUUUCCAUUCUCAGCACACUUUCUAAAUUCAGACUUUCCCAAGGUGUCAAAAUUUAAAAGGCGAAUAUAUAUAUACAUAUAUAUUACAUUAAAUAACUUGUCUCUCAAAUCACAAGGCACCAUGUAUUAACCAUUUGUGGAGACAUCUGCUAAAAGCUAUCACUAACUGAGUUAAUGGUUUGAUGUUGCAUCCGAUCAAAUUAAAUUAAAAGUGGAAGAAGAAAAAUACAAUUCUUAUUUUUUGAGGAACCCGUUGCUCCCAAGGGCCUUUAUGGGGAACCACUUAUCUACUCUACAAAUUCUAUAACAUAAUUAUGCUACCCUCCAAAGUUUUCUGAGAAUGCUCCAUUUUCCAUUUUAUUUCUUCUUGUAAUACCAGGGAUCAACUUUUUAAAGAACAUGCUCCUUUUGAUAUUAUGUCCAAUAAUUCUUGUUUAUUUUGAGAAGGUGAGAGUGACGGUGCUAGUAUGAUACUGCAAUGUAAACACAUAGUUAUCUUUGAUCUGAAUGUUUAACUUUUAUUGUCUACAUUCAAAUUCAAGGUGUUUGUUUGAUAACAAUAUCCAAUAUAAUAUAUAUAUAUUUCAUAAAUAUUCAUUGUAUAUGUGAGCAUUUAUUUGAAUAUAAUUUUUCUUUGAUCGUCUGUGAAGUAAUUAAUAAAGAGUCUGUCCUUUUGUGUUUAGUGACUUAGAUUUAGAACUGCACCAGUGUUUGGUAAUCAAUUAACCUUCUUUUCCUGAUCUAUUAAAGCACAAUAUUGUUUUGCUGAAAACAUGUCUUUUUUAAAAAUAUUUUAUAUUCAUGUUUUUAAAGCACCCGCUAAUCAUGAAAUAUUUAGUCCACAAGUACAUCAUCUCACCAUCACUAACAAUUCGUGAAUAUCAAAAAGUUUUAAAAAAUGCACAUAGUUGUGAUCACGAUUUCAUAAUGUAUAACCAUGCUUUUUGCUUUGAAUAUGUCAGGUUGGAGUGGAAAAGAAUUGUCCUGUGAGUGUCAGGGGACUUAAUUAUUGUGAUAUUAUUGUAACAUGUUUUUUAUUUUGUUGCCAUCUAUCUACACAUCCUUUAGUUGUUCUGGGAUUAAACAUAUUAUAUAAUUUUGUGUGUUU